AGUAGCUUGUGAGCGAGGGUGGAGCGGCAACCCGUUUUUCCCAACUCAACACCUUCAAUCUCUUUCUCUCUCUCUCUCUCUCUCUCUCUCUUCUUCUUCUUCUCUUUUUUCUUUUCUUUUCUUUUAUUUUCUUUCUUUCUUUUUUUUGGUUCGGGGUUGCUCAUCUCUUUCUUUCAAUAUCUUUGUUUUUAAAUUCUUGAUAAUAGAUUAAUCACUGCAACUCAUCUUUACAUACAUACAUACAUACAUAAUUUAUACAUAAGACAGAAAAAAGAAUGUCGAAGAAGAAGGCAUUCACCGGCAAUACUAUGACUCUCAAAGAUUUUCAUGGAGGUUCUAUUCCCUCUGAUCUUCCUCUCCCUUCCGCUCCUGGUGUUAUUGUUAGGCCUAUGGAUCGUUCUGGUUAUGAUCGAUCCACAUCAUGGGGUAACCCUAUUACCAGGUCUGAUCAUCGCCCCCGCCCCAAUUCUUCUCCGGCAACUAGGCAUUUUGAUGAUAAAACCCCUUUUCUUGCUAAUGCCGUGCAAAUUGGUCGAAAUUUUGAAGAGGAUGAGAGAAAACCCUUAGAUGGCGUUUCGGCUCCACGUAGAACGGUUAGUGAUGACAGUUUUAGUGUUCCAACUAGUCGUAUGGAGCUUAAGCCAGAGUCUGUGUCUACUGGAAGGAUGCCAGGUUGGGCCAGACUGGGAUUGGGAUCACAGGUUUCAAAUGGGGGUCAAGUAGUUGAGCAAACACGUGUUGAUGUGAAUUCACCAAAUUCAAGAGGCAAUAGUGGGCAGAUGGUUCCUGGGUCCCAUCCAAAUGCUUGGACUGCAAGGAAGGAGAUGGCAAUGGGUGUUACUGAGCCUGUGCAAUCUGGAUGGUCUGGGCAAAGUGCAGUUUCAAAGUUGGCUCAUGCAAGUGCGCUUGAAAAGGUUUCUUCUGGUAGAUGGCGGUCGAAGCAGUCAGUUCAGUAUCAAGCAGAUGUUCAGGUUAUUAAGUUUUCAGUAACAGAUAAUGGAUCACAUCCAACCGGCCAUGAGGAUAAUGCCUACAACAGGAUGCAUGUUGUCGGGAGGAGUGAAUGGUCAGAUGCAACAUUGGCUGGGCAUGUGGAAAGAGGUUCUAAUAUUGAAGAAUCGUUACAGGGUGGUAGAAAGGAAGAAUUGGAUUAUGGGAGAUCUGGUGCUUCUACUUAUGUGGAUGUAAAAGAGAGGAAAUAUAAACAUUUUACUGACAGGGCUCAAUCUAGUAGUUCUGAUAGCAAAUUUAUUGGGCCUGAAUCACUUCCUUUGCUGCAGUCAGAAGCAUCAGAACGGCCUAAGUUGAAGUUGCUUCCCAGAUCAAGGCCAUUGGAGAAUUCAGAACCAAAUGUAGCCAAUCCUAAGCAGGUGUAUCCUCAUUUGAAUGAAUCUGGCCAUGGUCAUGUUGAAACUGUUAGCAGUGUGCUUGGAAACCUGAAUCCUUCAAAUCCUGAUUUAGCUGGCAGUGAUGUUGGGAGCCAUGCAGUAGAGCGCCAGAAGUUAAGUUUAAAGCCAUGGUCGCAACCUCCUGAGCAAUUAGAAGAGAACAUUCAAAGGGGAAGAAAUGCAUUGUUUGGUGGUGCUCGUCCUCGUGAACUGGUUUUGAAGGAGCGAGGGAUUGAUGAUGUUGCCAUCAAUAAUCAGGAUUUGGGUCAACAUUCUGAUAGGGGUAAACAUAAUAAUAUUGGCAAGUUUGAAAGGGCUCCUGAGCAUGCUAAUCCUACUCGCCAAAGUGGAAGAGUUGAAAAUCUUCCUCUUGAUCAGCGGAUGGGUAGGAAAUUUGAGAGAAAGGAUCCUCAUAUAGAUGUUGACAGAGUUGGUGUGCAGAGGCGUAAUUGGCGAAAUGAGAAUCGAAGGAACAACAGGGGGAUUGAAAGGGAGCAAAACCAGCAACAGCAUGAGAGACAUUCUUCACCAGAAACAUGGCGCAAACCAGUGGAGCAGCCCAAACCAUUGUCUGCUGAUGCAAUUGGUAUGCGAUAUGGAAAAGUUGCUUCAGCUGUAGAGCUUGCUCAAGCAUUUUCAAGAUCAUUCUCCGAUCCAAAAUCAGAUGAUCGAUAUUCUGGGCAAAGGGGCCUUACUGGCCGGACUCAAAUGCCUUUUUCCCGGUUGAUGGGGCCAACCCCGAGGGCUCAAAUUAAUGGCUACUGAUUCUGAGUGGUUUAAUGGUUAAUUGGGCACUUUGGUGAUUAGAGGAUAGGCUUUCCGAGUGGUAAUAUUCUGUGAUCAAGAAUAGAAUGUCUGCUGAGUUGAAGCUGUGAUUUUGUCUUGCUGCACUUCAACAGAGUUUUAUACAAUUUUUUUCCUAUUUGCUUGGAAGAUAAGUUCCGAUCAGAUCAUUUCUAUCUUCUAAGAAGAACAAUGUCAUCUCUUUAGAGCCCCAUUUUCUUUUUUCCCUUUCCAUUUAAAUUAUUAAUAACUUUUCAAAUUUCUCAUCUUUACUAGGAUAAAGUUUGCUUGAAAUUGAAAACAAUACCUGUGUAGGAUACUGUUAUUCUUUCUUGAUACAAGAGAGUGAUAUUUUACU